AUGCCACCAAAUAAUGAUUCGAACAUCGCAAAUCCAAAUGAAGAUUUGGCUAUCCCAUCAUGGAUAAAUGUGGAUUAUUUUAAGGAUAUCGUGGCGAAAGAUGAAACAGAUUUAGUAGAAAUUAAAAAAUUCACACCCACUGCAGCCAUACCACCGGGUGAAAAUUUUACAUCGGUUAUGUUACGGCUACACUUUGAUUUGGAAAUGAAAGAUGGCUCCACGAAACACAAAACUUACAUUUUCAAAACAAUGCUGGACGAAGAGAAAGGAGGAAAAGUGAUCAAAGACAUGUCUCUGUUCCCCAAAGAAAUGAAAAUGUACAGCACCUAUCUGCCAGCAUUUGAGGAACUUUAUAAACAUGUUGGUUGGAAUAUUCAAUUUGCUCCGAAAUGUUUGCUUACCGAGAAAAAGGAUAAUCGAAUCAAUUUCCUAUUUGAAGAUUUGGGAUGUAAAAAUUUCAAAAAUUUAGAUCGAUUAGAAGGAUGUGAUAUGGAACAUAUGCGGUGUGUUCUGCGGAAAUUGGCUGAAUUUCAUGCUGCCAGUGCAGUGUAUGAGGAAAGAAAUGGUCCAUAUGGAGAAGAUUUUAAAUAUGCUUUUGCAGAUCCACGUCAUGGUCCGGGUUUCCUAAAAACGGUACAUGAUACCAAUACGGCUCCCUAUAAAAAGGCAAUGGCCCAGUGGGGUAUGGAAAAUGCCGAAGAGUAUAUCAAGAAAUAUCCCACUUAUGAUCAAUUUUGGAAAUGUGCCCUGGCCACACUGAAACAUGAACGCAAUAAGUUCAAUGUUCUUACCCAUGGUGACUUUUGGUCUAGCAAUAUGAUGUUCUCGUAUACGGAGAAUAAGGAAAUCCACGAAGCCCUAAUGGUUGAUUUCCAACUCUGCAAAUGGGGUAGUCCGGCUGAAGAUUUAUUGUUCUUCAUAACCAUAUCAGCGGCUGCCGAUAUUCGUCUUAAAGAAUUUGAUAAUUUUGUGGCCAUUUAUCAUGGACGUUUGCUGGAAUGCCUCAAGAAGUUGGGUUACAAAAAGCCAUUGCCUUCUCUAAGAGAAUUGCAACAAGCUAUGUACGAUAAAAAUAAUACCUUCUAUGCUUUCUUUGCCUGUAUCAACCAUUUGCCGGUUGUCCUGCUGCCUUCCGAUAAGGAUGCAAAUAUUGAAAAUUUUUCCAGUCCCGAUGAUGUGGGUGAAAGGCUGCGUAUGAAAACCUAUACGAAUCCUCGUUUUGUUGCUGUCAUAAAGGAUAUUUUUAAAUUCUAUGUACAACGUGGCCUGUUCAAUUUCGAAGACUAUGAUGAGGAUUAA